AUGAACACGUUCGUGGAUAUUCUAGGCCUCGAUGAGACUGUCCCGACGCUACCUCGACAGUGGCUGCCUCUCCCUAACGCAGGAGGAAUUAGCAAAGGGCUUCCCGGAAAGAAUUACUACACCCCCGAUGAUCCUCAGGAGAGAGAAGAUGCCAUAAAUUCCGUUACCGACCAGGGUUCUAUCAUCCCAAACAAUGACACGAAAGAACCUCCCCUCGCAUGCCGUGAACAAUCUCCGAAAGAUAUAAAACAGCUACUCAUAUCCUUCGAAUGA